GAGGGAAGGGUAUCUGCCACCCACUCAUUGUUGCAAUCAUACCACACACUACACCCAUUUCUCAUAUAUCCUCCUACUACUCCUCUCUCUCUCCCCUCAUCUUCUCUCUCUAGAGCGCUUGCUAGCUAGCAUCAAUAAAACCACAGGAAGAGCUGGAAAAGCUGGGAUAGCUCAAUUCCUCCUUCCUCCUCCGAUACAUCUCUCUCCCCCUCUUCAAUUAAUCUCUACACUCCACACAGAGACUGCAGAGAGAGAUCGAGAGAUAUAUAAGUAGUUGGGACUAUAUGUAAACCUAGCCAGCUCGCCUGAUCUCCACACACUUCACAUCUCUUCUUCUUCUUGGUAGCUAGGCCGUUGUUAAUUUGAAGGGUGAUCGAGGGGGCAGUGAUCGAUUGGAAGGAAUGUCGUCGGCAGCCCAGAUCGCGCCGGCAGAACAAGUGUGCUACGUGCACUGCAAUUUCUGCAACACAGUUCUCGCGGUGAGUGUCCCUGGGAACAGCAUGCUCAGCAUUGUCACAGUUCGGUGUGGGCACUGCACAAAUCUACUGUCAGUGAACCUCAGAGGGCUCAUGCACUCAUCAGCCGUCGUCCCUGCAGCACAAGAUCACCAUCUCCAGGCUAAUGUGAGCAAGCAGCAGGUUCAUGGUGUCGACGGAUUUCGUGACCAUCCGGAGUUUGGUUCUUCUUCUUCGUCAUCAUCGUCGUCAAAGUUCCGGCUGCCUAUGGUGAUGUUCUCGCCGCAAAAUGACUUGCUACAAGAACACACGCUACACUCACGCCCUCCGGAGAAGAGGCAGCGUGUCCCAUCAGCAUAUAACAGAUUUAUCAAGGAAGAGAUCAGAAGGAUAAAAGCAAACAACCCCGACAUUAGCCACAGGGAAGCCUUCAGCACAGCGGCAAAGAACUGGGCACAUUACCCAAACAUCCAUUGUGGGCUGAGCUCCGGCCGCGAUGGUGGGAAGAAGCUCGCCGUCGAAUAGGCCACCGCACCGGCUCCCAAGAAGAUCCAAGGUUUCUGCUCAUAGAUACGACAGACAUAUCAAUGGAUGAAGCAAGAAUGAUUAACUAUAUCUUUAUGCAUUGCCAUAAAAAAUAAAUUAUAUCUUUAGUUAUAUGCAUCGUAUAUAUGUAUACUGCAUUGUGAGUAAUUAAGGAAAAGCAAAGCGAACAAUUAAGACGAGAAAUUGCAUGCUAUGUACCUUAACCGUACGUACAUAGUAGCAAUCGAGUGAGUCGUCAUGGAAGGAAACAUGUAUUACAAUUAAACGUGUGAAUAAAUUGUGAAUUUGACCAUA